AUGGCGUCGUCCAACAAGCCGAUGGAGAUCGGCACGGUCGGCGCGCUGACCCUCAGCGUCGCGUCCUCAGUCUCGAUCGUCAUCGUCAACAAGUACCUGAUCAGCACGCUGGGGUACAGAUACGUCACGUUCCUCACCGCUUUGCACAUGCUCGUCACCGUCGGCGCCCUGAGGGUCGCCGCGAGGUCGGGAUGGCUCGAGCCAAAGUCCAUCGAUCGAGGCGCGCUGCUUCGCUUCUCCAUCCUCAACGGCGUCUCCAUCGGGUUCCUGAACCUGUCCCUCGGGUUCAACAGCGUUGGGUUCUACCAGAUGACCAAGCUCGCCAUCAUUCCCUGCACGGUGGCGAUACAGACGAUCUUCUACGCCAAGCAGUUCAGCGCGAGGGUCAAGGGAUCGCUGUGUGUCUUACUCGGCGGCGUCGCCGUCGCGACGGUGACGGAUCUGGAGCUGAACACGAUAGGGUCGGUCAUGUCCAUAUGCGCCGUCGUCACCACGUGCGUGUCGCAGAUCUGGACCAACACCAUGCAGAAGACGUACGGGGUGUCGUCCACGCAGCUUUUACACGCGGCGUCGCCCUACAUGGCGCUGACGCUGGGAUUCAUCUCCGUUCCGCUCGACGGUUUCCUCGUCGGCGGAUCGCCGCUGUACUACGAGUACAGCGCGCCCGUCGUCUUCGUCGCGGCGCUGACGUGCGCCAUCGCGGUCGCCGUGAACUUCUCCACGUUUCUCGUCAUCGGAAAGUGCGACGCGGUGACGUACCAGGUGCUCGGGCACCUGAAGACCAUGCUCGUGCUGAUGUUUGGAUUCGUCGCGUUAAACAACCCGGUGGCUGGGAAGAACAUCCUGGGCAUCGCCAUCGCGCUGGCGGGUAUGGUGGCGUACGGGGUGGCCGAGAACGCGGAUAAGAAGGCGGCGGAGCAGAAGGGGGGCGGGAGCGUGCUGCCGGUCACCGGCAACGGCGGCGCGAACGGCGGCGCGAAGUGAUGA